AUGCCCUGCGUCGUCGACCUUUCCCCCGAGCAGGCCCGCAGCCGACAGCCGGUUGCAAGUUCGUCAAGCACUCCCUAUGAUGAUACACAUGCGCGCAAUGCUCCCGCCGCCAAAGCACGAGGACGCCCUCGCAAGAGAGCAAGAAGCGUGCAAGACGAGUCAAUGCAGAUGAACAUCGAGCAUGACCCCGAGGUGAAAGGUGGGCGUAGCCUGCCGACGAGCACCAGUCGGCCGACACAGAUGAAGAGACGCGAAGAUGAUGGCACUGAAGAAGAGGUGGAGUCUGAAGAGCUAGCGGAUGAUGACGAUACGGACGACGAGCAGGCUAUCGGACAGACAGUCGACUUUGAUACCCUCGCCCGCGAAGCAGGCAGGAUCGCAGAGGAUAUCGACAACAAUGAUCCAUCGGCCAUCGCGCUCAGUAGAAGCCUGCUCGGUCAAGCGGCCAUCUCGCCUGAACUCGGCCUCCCAGACCGCAAGGGAUCUCGCCAACGUGCUCAGUCAGAGAUUGAGAUCGAUCCUAUGCUCACGACGCCUGGAGAUAUCGACGACUUUCGUCAAGAACUCAGACGCACUUCCAUGAAAGGCAGACGGUCACGAGUCAAGUCACGCAUUCGCGGCGCGAAACGUCAGGUCGAGCCCACAGCAGAGGUAGCUCGACUGCUCGGGGAUGCCAACGAGAGCUUUGUCGGCCAGGAUUAUCCGGCUGCAAUCCUCAAGCUCACUCGCAUCAUCAGGCUGCAGCCCAAUCUCGCGACCGCAUGGCACACGCUAUCUGCGAUCAACAAAGAUCUUGGCAAUGUCGAGAAAGCCCUCAUGUUUGAUCUCGUGGGUGCUCACCUGCUGGACGGUGAGGUCGAUAUAUGGUUCGAGCUCGCGCAGCAGUCUAGAGAUUUGAAUCAGAACGUGCAGGCUAUAUACUGCUACAGUCAGGUCCUUGCGGCUGACAAGAACGAUGUCGAUGCGCUAUGGGCCAAGGCAGAGCUCAGCGAACAGAUUGGCGAUACUCGCACGGCGGUGGCCACUUUUCGCAGGCUCGCUAAAGCCUACCCAUUCGAUCUGCCAACUGUCCGCAAACUCACAGGGCUUUUCUAUCGCGACAAUUACUUCACACAAGCGGCAGACAUGAUGGUGCAGGCAUUCGAGCAUCAUCGUCAGCAGACCCUUGAGCCCCUGCGGCAGGAAGACACCGCUAGAUUCACCGCAGACGACCUUGAUCUCAUGGCCCAGGCUUUGCAAGCUGCUCAACGGUAUCGCGAUGCUUGCAGGUACAUUCGCGAAGGUCAGAGAUGGCUCGGCGAGCGUGCUCACCAGACUUUCUGGGCAGCAUUCGAAGACGAUCGAGAAUUCGACAUUGAUCGCACCAUGACAGCGAGGCCCAUCAAAGGCGAGACGACCGUAACGCAACAGAUACUCGAGCUCGCUCUGUCUUGUCCGGUGUAUUCGCUGCCUGCACGCCUCCGCUUGCGGCUUGCGAUCUGCCGAGUCCUGUCUCACAAUUCGACAGAAAGCAAGCUUCAUCUACUUGCGAUCGACAAGAUCUCAGUUGCCGAUCACUGGGCGGUAUGUGGGGAGCUUGCAGACUCGUUGCUCGCUACGCAGCAAUUUCAAAGCGCCAAAGUCAUCUACGAGCAGAUGCGUCUCAUCGACGACAAUUCGCCUACUCUGUACAGAAACCUGGCUCGAUGUUAUACGGGUCUGGAACUGUACCCCAAGGCAAUAGAUAUAAUAUCUGCCCUGCUCGACAACGAUCCGAACGAUCUUGCGCUCAAGGAAGAGCUUGGCAACCUUUGGGUUAAGCAAGGCAACGUACAGCGCGCGGUCCAGCUACUCGAGGAGGUUGCUGUCGUGCGAAGAGCCAGUCAGCCUCCUCCAGAUUCGGACAACGAGUACUAUCCUUCGGAUUAUGCUGGCUCCGACGAGGAGAAGUACCUUGGCUUGUUCGGAAAGGCAGACAAGCAAACGCUCGCAUCCCAACGAAAACGUGACCGAAGAGAUCGACGAGGCAGACAACGACCGAUGCCAGCUCAUGUACGAGAACAGAAUGAGCGCGAACGGUGCGCUGCUUUCGGCGAGGCGCUUGAUGAGCUCGAUCGACUGUCCACCCUGAUGAAGCAAGGUGGAAUAGAGGCUCGUAACGCAUGGUUCGAAUUGGCGGCUGGGCACAUAGAGGACUAUCAAAAUAGCAAGGUACUCUUCCCGAGGGACUCAUGGAAGGAGCAGCAAGAGCUCAAGUCGCGGUGGCUCCCGAUAAGCAUGCUGGGCGAUUGUUAUACAGAACUCCCGAAACGGCUGGCUGCUCUGACGGAGGACGAGCAAAGAGAUACGGUCAAAGUGGAGGUCUUUCGCGGUCUCGAUUUCGACGGCUGGCUUGCAUUUGUCAUGCAGUAUGCUUUCGCACUGUGCGAAUACGGCGACUGUUCUGGAGCCCGUCGGACCCUCAAGAUCGUCAGCGAGUCAGCUGUCAUGAUUCAGGAUAAGAUUCGCAUGCAAAGCAUCCGUCUCGCGUAUUGCGCGGUUGCUCUGCGUGAGCGCAGAUAUGACGAGAUUGUGGUGCAAAUCCGGCAGAUCAUGAUGCACAACCAAUUCCAAACAGAACCUAUACGUUUAUUGCUGGCAGCUCUCGGUUCUGGCUAUCAAGCCGCCGAAGCUCUAGCAGCGUCAAAGAUGCAAAAGUUCUUAGCUCGACAGAAGCGUUGGAUCGAAGAUGAAGCAGCUGGCAAUGCUCAUCGAGCGAGUGUCAAACACAUCCGCUCCAGAAAGCAUGCCGCCGAGAGAGCUCACAAGGUCGCCAGAAGAACGCAGAAACGGAAAAGACAAGGGUGCGAGGAAGCAGACGAUGCAAGCGAGCCUGAGGCGGAAGCCGAAGAGGAAGAGGAAGACGAGGCAGAAGAAUACGUCUUUGAUGAUAACUCAUGGAAGCCGACACGCAAGAAUCCCUAUUUUGCAUUUCUAUACGGCAAUCUGAUGCUCAAUGGCAAAAGCUUUGGCGCAUCAAUCUUUCAUUCUCUUGCUGGUUGGGAUGACCUCGACGAUUGUCCCGCCGCGGCUCUGUCAAUUGCGAUCUCGUACAUACAUCGAUCUAUGCAACGUCAAAGUGAUAAUCGGCACCAUCAGAUCGCACAAGGUUUUGCAUUCCUUGGCAAGUAUGCUGAGUUGCGUGGACAGUGUCAAGAGGUGGAUUUUAACUAUGGGCGCGUCUUUCAAUACCUUGGCCUCAAUGAUUGGGCGCGUAGACGCUAUGAAGCUGUCUUAGCAGGAUCAGCGGCGACUUCUCUCUCGACCGACCAGAUAUCGACGCGCUCGCUUCAGCUCGAUUAUGCUCGCGAAGCCGCGUACAGUCUUCAAGUCCUCUUGUUCGCCAGCGGCUCCAUGGACCUUGUGAAAAGCUUGGGCAACCAGUUUCUCUCCAUUCAGUAG